UCCUUAGUACCUACACUUAGUUGUGAAUACACAGAACAAGAAAAGUUAAAAACGAUGGUUGAAAUACCCACAAUUCCAGAAUUCUACCGCAAUAAAACGAUCUUCAUAACCGGUGGAAGUGGUUUCAUCGGAAAAGUCCUCGUCGAGAAGCUCCUUCGAUCGUGUCCAGACCUGAAGACCAUCUACUUACUCUUGAGAGAAAAAAAGGGUCAAACUCCUGAAGACAGAAUCAAAACCAUCACCGAUUUACCACUCUUCGACGUACUCAAAUCGAAAAACCCCGACUCUCUAAACAAAAUUAAGAUCGUCGUUGGCGAUGUGCGGGAGCUGGAUUUGGGGUUAGAUCUUCACGAACGACAAGCGUUGAUCGAUGAAGUGAAUGUCGUUUUUCAUGGAGCGGCGUCUGUGCGUUUCGACGAUAGCUUAACUGAUGCUGUCAUCAUGAACACUAGGGGGACUAGGGAGGUUGCUAAGUUGGUACUAGAGAUGAAGAAUUUGGACGUUUUUGUUCAUAUUUCGACGACUUAUUGCAACAGCGAUCGAAAGGUGGUCGAAGAAAGAUUGUAUCCUGCUGUUGCCGAAUGGGAGAAGACUAUAGAAAUUGCAGAAAACAUAGAUAGACAUACUUUGAACGUAUUGGCCGAAAAGUAUAUACAUCCGAAACCAAAUACUUAUAUUUUUGCGAAGUCUUUGGGUGAGCACGUAGUCUACGAUAUGUGUAAUGGAAAAAUACCUCUUGUUGUUUAUCGACCUUCAAUUAUAGUCAGCACAGACAUCGAACCCAUGUCGGGUUGGAUCGAUAAUUUCAACGGUCCCGCAGGUCUCAUUGUAGGCAACGGGAAAGGCUUAGUGCGCGUACUUUACUCUGAUCCUAACAACAUACUGGAUCAUGUGCCAGUUGACAUUACAGCGAAAGCGAUUAUUAUAUCAUCGUGGAAACAAGCCAUAAACAAAGACCCAAACCAGAGACUCACCGCUUCAUUCUAUAACGGUAGUAGUAAUAACGGUAUGAAGAGCAUAAGUGCAACAACUCUAAACGAAUGGAGUAAGAAAAUAUGGAACGAAACACCCUUCGAUACCGUUUUAUGGUACCCCAACACCAGAAUCACCAAGUAUUACUACAGUUAUUUUUUUCUAAUGAUGAUUUAUCAACUUGUUCCGGCUUUGCUCGUCGACGGUUUGCUUAAAUUAAUGGGUAAACGACCGAUGCUGACUAAAGUUCAGAGGAAGAUUCACGCUGCGUCUAUAGCUCUGGCUUACUUCACACACAACAACUGGACGUUUGUUAACGACAAAUUUUAUAAUUUGAAAUACGAAUUGUUGCCUGCAGAUAUCGACAGUUUUUCAUACAAAGACGACAUCACACCGAUUUAUACAUAUAUGUGUAACUAUGUUGCAGGUGCUAAAAAAUAUCUAUUAAAAGAAAGUGGCGAUGUCGACAAAGCGAAAAAAAAUAUGCUGAAAAUGAGGGUGUUGGCACAAAUUGUCAAUUUCUUGUGGUAUUUGGGGCUAUUUUGGUUCAUAUUUAGUAAAAGUGGAAUCGUUUCCCUCGUAUUUGAUAUGUAUAAUGAUGUAAUUUUGUAUUUUACAAGCGAUUAAAUUGUACAUGUUCGCAA